AAUAUAUUUUAAUAUUGCACCCACUGCGCUUGAAUUAUUCUUGCAUUGACGUGUCUCAUAACACAGGAAAUUUUGUACUGUAAACCACUAUGUCUUGGACGCCAAAUCCGAACGCUAAACAGAUUUAUCCCACAAAUAUUUCCCAUAAAUUUAACAUACGUUGUUUUACACGAGCUUGGAAUUUUUGCCUGAAGAGAUCAAUAAGGAAAUGUUUCAAAUGGCUGCUCGUGUUCAUUUUGAUUUUAACAAUAAUGGUGAAUGUCGUAUUUGUUAUGAACAUUAAACCCAAGCACAGAAAUGAUCUAUACGGACUUCCAAAGAAUGGACAGUUUGAAGAGAAGAGAGUCAUUAAUAUGGAUGAGGAAGAUUGUUGUAAGAUAAUCAACAUUGAAGUUCACUCCAGUAAAGAUAAUGUAUAUGUAUUAGUGAAUGGAACAAAGGUUAUGGAAGAAGAGACCUAUACAAAUGCUGCACGUAGUAGAGGUAUCCAUGUCACUGUUCUUCAUCAAUCAACAGGAGCAAUGAUGGCAACGAAAGUAUUUGAUACAUCUAGGUCGAAACAAGAGAGUGCUAACUUGGUUCUUUUUUUAAAUAUGAUUUCUGAUGGACGAAUUAUGUGUUUUGCAGUAAAGGAUGAAGCUACAUUUAAAUUAAAGGAAACUGCUCGAAAUUUGCUUAAAAGUUUUGGUAGUGUUUAUGUUGAUGAACUAAAAUGGCGGGAUAGCUGGUCAUUUAUCGUCACAAAACGUGGCCAGAACUACUCAGAGAAACAUCAUCACACAGCAGACAGAGCGAACUGGGGUGAGCCUGUCACUGCUCGUGCUACAGUUCCCCUUGUUCCUGCUAAACAAUCUCAAUGUGCUUGGGAUGACAGUGAAGAGUCAAAGCGAAGAAGAACGUUUUGUGAUAGGUUCGAAGGCUAUGGAAGUUUAUGCAGUUGCAAUAAUCCUGCUCCAAUUGAAAUUAAAACAACACCAUUAAAGUUAGAAAAUAUUCAAGACAUUCCUGUUGCUGUGAUUGCUAGUAACAGGCCAUAUUAUCUUCAUCGUGGCUUACGUUCAAUGUUGUCUGCUCAUGGAGCAAAGAAGGAGUUAUUUACUGUAUUUAUUGAUGGUUUCUUUGAAGAACCAGCUGCUGUGGUAAGGCUAUAUGAUGUGAAAGUCGUACAGCAUAUUCCUAUAAGUUGUAAGAACGCUAGAAUAUCACAGCAUUACAAGCGAACACUGACAGAGACGUUUAAUGCUUAUCCCAAUGCUCGUUAUAUGAUUAUUUUGGAAGAAGAUUUAGACGUAUCUGUGGACAUAUUUAUUUAUUUUAAUCAAUUGUUGCCUUUAAUGGAUACAGAUGAAAGUUUGUACUGCAUAUCGGCGUGGAAUGAUCAGGGUUACAAUCACACGUGUAAUGAUCCUGCUAUGUUAUAUCGUGUAGAAACAAUGCCAGGUUUAGGAUGGUUACUAAAACGACGUCUUUAUAAAGAUGAACUUGAGCCAAAAUGGCCCAAACCUGAUAAUUUUAUAGAUUGGGAUAUAUGGAUGAGGAAUGACAGGAUCAAGAAGGGACGUGAGUGUAUAAUUCCGGAUAUUUCAAGAACGUACCAUUUUGGCGCUAAAGGCCAGCAUAUAAAUGUUAUCAUUCAAGAAUCUCUUUACAAGACACGCAGUUUAAAUAAUGUCGCUAACGUUAAAUUUAAUGUUAGUUUGCUAUCAAACAAGAAUUAUGAAAAUGAGAUCGAACGGUUGACCAGGUUGGCUGAGCCGUUGGAUCACAGUAAAAAUCCUUGUAAGAACAAGGACGAUUUUGUUCCAGAGACAUCCGGUAAAACGUAUAUAUUUUACAUUGAAAUGAAACAUGCUAAAGACUGGACAACAUGGAAUAAUAUAGCGAGAUGUUUACGAAUCUGGUACUCAGAUGCUCGAGGAUUUCAUAAAAGGUAUGAUGCAAGGAAAAAGGGUUUGGUCUUUGGAUACAUUGCAAAGCUCCUUUUUGACCUCUAAGUCCUUUUCGUUGAGUCGCAGUGUCAAGAAGAAAGUUACCCUUCUUUGAAUAUGUAUUUGUUAAUAUAAUGAUUAGAUAGCUAGCAUGCAUGAAAACUUUCACUCAAAGCUUCCACUUGAAAAAAUGAAGACCAUGAGAUAAACAAGCAAUAAAGAGACGAAUAAUUUAUGGCUACUGUCUUUGAAUGUCAAAAACCUUGUAUAGAUGUCUAUAUCGGGAGAGCCUUAACCCAUGUUUAGCACAGCAGCUACUCGGACAUCCUUUCAUCUCAUCAAAUCUCAUGUCGCACUCUUUAAGCAACAUCACUUCAGACGAGCUUGACGCUGAAAAAGAUCAAGGGAGAAAACAACAUAGCUGUUAUGAUGGAGACGAGUAUCCUGAUUCGAUGCCUAUAUAUUUCGGCUAUGUAUCGAGAAAAUCAACAGUUCGGAUUGAAUUUGAAGUGUUGCAAAUGGAAAAAGGAGGGUUUGCUUCAGUUUUCAAGGUAACUUUUUAUUACAGAUACUUGUACAGAGAUUUUCAUUUCCAUUAUCAUAUGAAAAACAUUUUGACAUUUAUUUAAUUUACAUUCUACACUCUCGUCAGAGAUAAAUUUGAAUCCAGAAAAGGCAAAAAAAUCGGAGACAUUCAAAACCCCGUUCAUCUAGUUAAAAACGAAUUGAAACUUUGUUGUGUAUUAAACAAAUAGCAAAAAACGAGUGUAAAAAGUAGUAGAAGCAGAAUGAUGUUUUACAUUUUGUAAGCUUUUGUUUAUAACAAACCUGCUCAUUCCACGCCGA